AUGGGCAGCGAAGAGGAGGCAUCCAAGCGGCUAUCAGGGCCCCCCGAAGAUGCGCCUCCGCCAUACUCAGAAGUCCCAGUUCAGUCGUCCAGCGGAUCAACAGCGCACAGAGCACCAAACCCGUCCGCAAACAAGACACAAUCGAAGCAGAGCCCGCCGCAAAUACCACAAGCACAAAUCAACCGCCAGUUUCCUCCGGCCUUCUCUGUGUACAGUGCGGGUGCCUUCGUCAGAACCUAUACUUUGGGGGAGCACCAGUCGCAACCACUCUGUGCCAUUUCGACACACAGCGGAUGGAGUGGACAGCCCGACGUCGUGUUGCACAGCGGCCCCAGCGAGUCGUCUCCACCACUAGCAGGCGUCGACAGCGGCGCAUUUACUCGUUCUGCCUCCGUCGAACUCCCGCCAUUACCCGGUUCAGGGCAACGUGCUGCGGUAGAAGACGUAGAAUUCCAAGGUAUUGGACACGGGACACAUAGCUUCUCCAUCGAGGUGGGCGUUACGGGACGACGUGAGCCUUUUGAGUGGCGACAUAGUCACGGUGCAGAGGUGGAUGCGCUCGGAGGCUAUGGUUCGGGCUGGAAGCUGAUCCGCCUGGCGACAGAUGCGCCGGACGGUAUGCCUAGUAAAGCACAGUCCGUAGGCGGAGGGUCUCGUUCGACUGACAAGAAGGAAGUCGUCGCUGUGUGGGCCGGUGCCAGCAUGAGCGUUAGCAAGAUCCUCAACUUUCGCUUUGUUGGCAGCGGCGCGACGGGAGUCCUAGGUGAGAGGUGGGCUGUAAUGGCAGUUAUCACAGCGCUGAGGAUCUGGGACAAGGAGAGAAAAGCCAAAAGGAACAACGCUUCUUGA